AUGUCGAGCUUUUCCAGAGUUUUCCUGCGCACCUCGCGCUCCGCCCUCCAAUACCAGCGUAAUGUGUCGCCCGUGCAAAAUGCUUUGGGCGCGCAGGGCACGAUGAGGUGGAUGAACGGCGUACGGAACUACGCCUCUUUCACACGAGACAAGCCCCACGUCAACAUCGGUACCAUUGGCCACGUUGACCACGGAAAGACUACCCUCACAGCCGCCAUCACCAAGCGUCAAGCAGAGAAGGGCUACGCCAAGUACCUCGAAUACGGUUCCAUCGACAAGGCCCCCGAAGAGCGAAAGCGUGGUAUUACCAUCUCGACCGCCCACAUCGAGUACCAGACCGACAACCGCCACUAUGCCCACGUCGACUGCCCCGGUCACGCCGAUUACAUCAAGAACAUGAUUACUGGAGCUGCCAACAUGGACGGUGCUAUCAUUGUCGUCGCCGCCUCCGACGGUCAAAUGCCCCAGACCCGUGAGCACUUGCUCCUCGCCCGCCAGGUCGGUGUCCAGAAGAUUGUUGUCUUCGUGAACAAGGUCGAUGCUGUCGACGACAAGGAGAUGUUGGAGCUCGUCGAGAUGGAGAUGCGUGAGCUCCUCAGCAGCUACGGCUUCGAGGGUGACGAGACGCCCAUCAUCAUGGGUUCCGCUCUCUGCGCCAUCGAGGGCCGCCAGCCUGAGAUUGGUGUCACCAAGGUCGAUGAGCUUUUGGAGGCUGUCGAUGCAUGGAUCCCCACCCCCCAGCGUGAGACCGAGAAGCCCUUCCUCAUGGCUGUUGAGGAUGUCUUCUCCAUCGCCGGUCGCGGUACCGUCGUUUCUGGCCGUGUCGAGCGCGGUAUCCUGAAGCGCGAUGCCGAAGUCGAGCUUGUGGGCAAGGGUACUGCUCCCAUCAAGACCAAGGUUACCGACAUUGAGACCUUCAAGAAGUCGUGCGAGGAGUCGCGCGCAGGUGACAACUCCGGUCUUCUCCUCCGUGGAGUCAAGCGUGAUGAUGUCCGCCGCGGCAUGGUUGUUUCCGUACCCGGACAGGUCAAGGCUCACAAGAAGUUCCUCGUCUCCAUGUACGUCCUGAGCAAGGAGGAAGGUGGUCGUCACACUGGUUUCGGCGAGAACUACAGGCCACAAAUGUUCAUCCGAACCGCUGACGAGUCAUGCGCGCUUCACUGGCCAGAGGGCACCGAGGAUGCCCACGACAAGCAGGUCAUGCCUGGUGACAACGUCGAGAUGGUCUGCGAACUCCACCAGCCCCACGUCCUAGAGACUGGCCAACGGUUCAACAUGCGCGAGGGUGGCCGAACUGUCGCUACUGGUCUGGUAACGCGUGUUCUUGAGUAA